GUGGGGUGGCGGCGGGACGGUGGGUACCGCGUCGCUUGAGAGUGGCGUCUGUUCGUCCGAGUGUCGGGCGGCGUCGCGCCUGGGUCGGUCCUGCCCGGAACCCUCGCUCCUCUGCCCGCUCUCAGAGCUGCCGGAAGCCGGGUUCUAGAAGGCCGCCCGAAGCCUGGCCAGGGCCGGGGUGGCGGACACGGGGACAGGGACCUGGACCGGCCGAGCCUGCCUCCUCCUUACCAGAGUGAAAAUGCCCCGCGUCAAAGCAGCUCAGGCUGGAAGACAGGGACCUGCAAAGAGGCACCUUGCAGAGCAGUUUGCUGCUGGGGAGGUCAUAACCGACAUGUCUAGGAAGGAAUGGAAACUGGGAUUGCCUAUUGGCCAAGGUGGCUUUGGCUGCAUCUAUCUGGCGGACACAAAUUCUUCCAGACCGGUUGGCAGUGACGCUCCCUGUGUUGUAAAAGUGGAACCCAGUGACAAUGGACCUCUUUUCACUGAAUUGAAGUUCUACCAGAGGGCUGCUAAACCAGAGCAAAUUCAGAAAUGGAUUCGUACACAUAAAUUGAAGUACCUUGGUGUUCCUAAGUACUGGGGAUCUGGUCUACAUGAUAAACAUGGAAAAAGUUACAGGUUUAUGAUAAUGGACCGCUUUGGGAGUGACCUUCAGAAAAUAUAUGAAGCAAAUGCCAAAAGGUUUUCUCGGAAAACUGUCUUGCAGCUAAGCUUAAGAAUUCUGGAUAUCCUGGAGUACAUCCACGAGCAUGAGUAUGUGCAUGGGGACAUCAAGGCCUCCAACCUUCUUCUGAGUUACAAGAACCCUGACCAGGUGUAUUUGGUAGACUAUGGUCUUGCUUAUCGGUACUGCCCAGACGGAGUUCAUAAAGAGUACAAGGAAGAUCCCAAAAGGUGCCAUGACGGCACACUGGAGUUCACCAGCAUCGACGCUCACAAUGGCGUAGCCCCGUCCCGACGUGGCGAUUUGGAGAUCCUUGGUUAUUGCAUGAUCCAGUGGCUCAGUGGCUGUCUUCCUUGGGAGGAUAACUUGAAAGAUCCUAACUAUGUUAGAGAUUCCAAAAUUAGAUACAGAGACAAUGUCGCAGCUUUGAUGGAGAAAUGCUUUCCUGAGAAAAAUAAGCCAGGUGAGAUCGCUAAGUACAUGGAGUCUGUGAAACUACUGGACUACACCGAAAAACCUCUCUAUCAAAACCUACGUGACAUCCUUUUGCAAGGACUAAAAGCUAUAGGAAGUAAAGAUGAUGGCAAACUAGAUUUUAGUGCUGUGGAGAAUGGAAGUGUGAAGACAAAACCAGCCCCAAAGAAGCGGAAGAAAGAAACAGAAGAGAGCACGGUGUGUACUGUGGAAGACAUGGAGUGCUCAGAUACACAAGUGCAAGAGGCCCCACAGACUCGAAGUGAGGAGUCCCAAGGAGCAAUACAUGGAAGCACGUCUCAGCCAGAGGCGGGCUGCAGCAGCUCUGACAGUUCCAGGAGGCAGCAGCAUUUGGAAUUACAGCAAGACAUGCUAAGUCUAGACCACAGGGGUUCACGAACCAGAAAGAAACCCCAGAAGUAAAUGAGAUGCCAGGAACUGUCCUCUCUGCCUAUUCAUUGGAUGUUUUUCUCCUUUCCUGUUUUAUGUUUUAUUUUCGUGUGAGUCUUCUGGGGGUAUUAGUAAUAAUUGAGUAGCUAUUUUUUUUUGAAAACCAAACUUUAUUAAAAUGAAUAUUUUGUGUACUUUAUUGAAGGAUAAUUUAUAAAAUCCUGAAUCUUUAGUCGUCACAACCAAUGUGGUCUGGGGCUUGGGAGCGUGUUCUGGCUCUGGCUGCUGUGCGCUUCUCAGAUGGGGUAGCAGAGCACCCAACAGGCUCCUUGCUUUUAAGGAAUGAAGAACUUAAAAUAAAGGUCUCUCUUGCUUGAUGUGGUAUACAAGUUGUUGUGACAAUAAAGUCUGGUCUACAUGGAU